AUGUAUCGGAAGUUGUCUAAGUUAGAACACUCGGAAAUAAAACAACUUCUUACAGAAGCUAACAUAGAUGUUGCAAAACAUUACGCAACAAACAAAAAGGCACUCGCUGACAUCCUCAAUGACUAUAAUGGUGCAAUAAGUUAUGAUAGAAUUCAUGAGUUCAUAAAGUCGCAACGCGGCGAGGACGAAGUUCAUGCAAUAGCAUUUCCUUUAAAUGACAUUGCUAUUGACUUAUAUCAUAGACGUUCAGUACCUCAUGAAGUAAGAAGAGAAAUGUUUGACAUAACAAAUGCGAACGUUGGUCAUACUCGUAAAGCUCUUUCACAUGAUGUUCGUCAAGAGAUGUUUGACAUAACAAAUGCAAACGUUGGUGAAACAAGAAGAAGAGACGACACACUGAAACAACAGAGAAGAGAGAUGUUUAAGAGCGCUAUAGAACAAGUUCGCAAAGCUAACGAUGUCAUUCGUUCCAUUGACGACAAACCAAAAGAAGGUGAGAGAUGGUUAAAGAAAGAUGAAGAGAAUAGGAAGAGGAAUGUUAAGUCAGGCAAUAGACUCAUUGACUUUAACAUCGAAGCUUUAGAUGAACCAAACAGAGACUACUUACACAAACAUUUCGGUAAGGUUUUCAUGAGACUCUUAGAGAAGAUUAAAAUAAACUCCCAACAAAGAUGGAUGGUAUGUUAUAAACUUGGUGGAAAGUAUGAAUGUUCUACGUUAAACCUCAAUAAUAUUGGAACAUUACUACAUCAGCUCUUGAAGGAGAACUUUAUAUCAGAGAUAGAAGCAAAUGCUGCAGGUAUUGUUGAAAUGCACUAUGACUUCUUCUUGACAAACAUAA